AUGGCGCCAGUGGGCUGUGCGCGGCCCGCAAGCAAGCGGCGCCCAGCAGGACCCAAACAGCUCUGCCCUGCCCACGCCCGGUCAAGAGAGCUCGCGCCUCGUCGCUCUGAUGGAAGAAUAACACUUUCCUUCCCUUCAGACCCGAACUCCGUCUCCAUCUACUGGCGCCAGCGACUCUGGACCAAAGGAGCCUUCUUGGAGACCAGCCCAGGAGGGUUGGUAACUUACCUUAUGAAGAAAACCCUCGGCAGACCAGGUCUCAGAGCCUUAGCAUCACCUCCGGCCUCAGCCUGCCUGGUGCCCUGUCUUCCAGGAGAUUUCCUUUUCCUAGACCUCGAGAGGGUCUGGCAGAAGCAGCUUGAAGAACAGCUGAAGCAGCGUGGCGGUGGCGUCGAGGAUGUCCCUGCAGGAGAGGGGACCCGAGCUCUGGGGACCCUGCGAGCUUGUGGGGCUGGACCCAACAUUCCCGGUGCGCUACGCAGGCACCUUCAUCCUUCCGACUCUGUAACCCGUCCUGCAAGCAGAAGAGAAAGGUUAGAGGCCGUCAGUGCAAACACACAUCUACAGAAAGGGCUUGCCCUUCUCGGCCACUUCUUUCAUACUCCGUCUGGGCCCAAGGAUCCCGGCUUGUUUCUCAAGUCCCGUAUCCCCCCUCUGCCCAUUCCAGAUGAAGAGGUGUCAUUAUUUUCCCUUCUGGAGUAA